UGUGGGUCACGUGUUAAAGUUGAGCUCGUUUGUGUUGCGUUUGGCUCGCGGUUGUGGACGCUGGCCGACUGAGCUGAAGGACUAACGCAGCUUCUCUGAGUUUCUGUAUUUUAUUGAUUAUUGAUUAUCUCUGUGUGUGUAGAGGCUGAUGGAAGAGAGCGCGUGCUGCGUGCUGUUCUGGGCCGCUGUAGUGUGUGUGUUGGUGCUGUUGGGGCUUUUUAUUCGGGCUGAUUGUGAUUUGACACUCCUGUGGGCGAAAACAUACGGCACUAAACCAGAUGUGGCUCUGCGAGGGAAGGUGGUGUGGAUCACCGGAGCGUCGAGCGGAAUUGGGGAGGAGCUGGCGUAUCAGCUCGCUGCCGCCGGAGCUCGACUAGUACUGUCAGCACGCAGAGAGGCGGAGCUGGAGAGAGUCAAGCAAAACUGUUUAGAGCGCUCCACUCUAGAAGAUAAGGAUGUUCUUGUUCUUCCGGUCGAUCUGCUGGACUGGGCGUCACACCAGGAGAAAACCAAGGCUGCUUUGCGCCACUUCGGCAAUAUAGAUGUGUUGGUUAAUAACAGCGGCCGUAGUCAGCGUGGUCUGUUUGUGGAUACGGAUGUGGAGGUGUACCAGAGCCUGAUGGAACUCAACUACCUCGGCACCGUGUCCAUCACCAAGCAGGUGCUGCCCCACAUGAUCCGCCAGGGCAGCGGUAUCAUUGCAACCGUCAGCAGCCUCGCUGGGCUGGCUGGAGCUCCGCUGGCCACUGGAUACUCAGCCAGCAAAUAUGCACUGCAGGGCUUCUUUAACUCUUUACGGCCGGAACUGACCGAUUCCCCCGGAAUAACCAUCAGUAUGAUCUGCCCGGGACCCGUCGUCUCCCAGAUCGUGCAGAACGCCUUCACUGAGCACGUAGAAAAGUCAUUGUCCAGUGCUGGUGACCAGACACACAAGAUGUCCACUGAGCGCUGCGUCCAGCUCAUGAUGGCCGGACUGGCCAAUCGGGUGAAGGAGAUGUGGAUCUGCCACCAGCCGUUUCUGCUGUUCGUCUACGUGUGGCAGUACAUGCCCACCCUCGCCUGGUACUUGACCAACAAGCUGGGCAGGAAGCGCGUCCAGAACUUCAAAGCUGGUCUGGAUGCAGAUUCUGCGUACUUCACCAAGCCGAAGGCCAAGACCACCUGAGAAACAGACAUCACUACUAAUGGGCAUCAUAAGGGCAUUAGCCUGUUUUUAUACUGAUAGUAACCUUGGCUUGCUUUUAUAAAGACUAACAGUGGGUCAGUAUGUAGGUUGUGUAAAGCUGAACUGAUUUGUUUGAAUAAAAACACUUCAAUGUGUGAUUUAACAGAUUAAAUGAAAAUUCGACUGAAAGCUA